AUGGCUCCGACGCCCCGAUGCCCGGUCCUCCCCGACGAGAUCAUGGAGGACGAGAUCUUCGCGCGGCUGCCGGCCAAGUCGGCGCUCGGGUGCCGCUGCCUCUCCCGUGCCUGGGCCGCCGCGCUCUCCUCGGACGACUUCGCCGACCGCCACCACUCCAUCCAUGGCGGGCGCCCCAAGAUCUUGCGCCUGCAGGAUUACCCCUACGACCACGACCAAGAGGCGAAGCUGCACGACGCGGGCCGCGCGCCGCCGACCAUCGGCAUCCCCAUCGCCAUCACGACCGGCUGCUUCCCGCGCUUCAUCACGGCGUCCUGGGAUCCUCCCCCGCCCGCGGAAUCAUGCCCCACGCACCCCUGCCUCGUCACGGUGCAGUGCCGCGGCCUCCUCCUCCUCGAGCUGAUCCCCACGGAGAUCCACGUCCUGUGCAACCCGUCCACCGGCCAAAAGAAAGCGCUGCCGGAGGGCCGGACCACGGGCCGCCGGCGCCCCGGAGACGCGGUUCACAGGUACGCCAGCCUAGGGCUCGGCUACGACGCGCGCGUCAGGAGGCACAAGGUCGUGCGCGUCUACUACUACGGCGAACCGGACGGCGGGGGCCGCCCCGCGUCCGUCGGGUGCGAGGUCUACGUGGUGAACGGCGCCGCCGCUGAGUCAUGGCGCACGGUUCGUUCCAGGCCUGUGGAUUGUUGGUUGGAACCCUACACACCGAGCGCCUUCGCGCAAGGGCACGUGUACUGGUUAGCCCACCGCAAACACGAGUCACCCCGCACGCUUGAGGAGAUGAUCAUCGUUUCAUUCUCCGUCUCUGAGGAGACCUUUGCGAUUGUGCCGUCGCCACCGUCAGGCAUGGACGGUGAGGCUCUGAAUAAGCGGUUUUGUCUGGCGGAGCUCGCUGGGAAUCUAUGCUUCUUUCCUGGGGGAUCUCGCGGCCAUGAGCAUCGGUACGACGUUUGGAUACUACGUGGAUAUGGAUCAAGCGCCGUGUGGGAUCUACACUGUCGAAUCGACGAAUGCACGGCAUCACCAGAGGUCAAUUGGUUCAUGAGAGGUCGAUACAACAAUUUCAACCGCGUCGAGGUCAUCCCACUGGCCAUUAUCGGCAAUGGUCGCCACAUCCUCCUGACGCAAGACGACUGUCCAGAAGAUAUAUGGGUAUAUAACCCAUCCACCGGGGACAUUGAGAUGCUACUCGACCUGAAGAGCGGGGACACGGACAAUGUGAAGAACGUAUUGUUGCAGAUUGCAGUGUAUGAGGAAAGCGUCGCCUGUCUCGGAAGACAGCCGUGCAGGAACAUCAUCUUGACCUCCUCACCAUCUACGCAGGCCUUGUCGCUGGUGCUACGGUUGUUGCCGAAGCGCACGCUUGGAAUGCUUAUGCGUGUUUGCCGAAGCUGGCGCACCUUGGUCGCUGCGGACAUCUACCAUGCUAGACCGGCCCUCGAACUUAGGGGGGUUUAG